GGCUGGUAAUGAGGUCGCUGUCCUCUGCUGGGAGAACACGCAGUCUGCUUCCCAGUAGGAACGCCAGAGGAACCAGAAACCAGCAUGUCGGAUCAGUCGGCCUUCGACACGGACGUAUGGACCCUGACCCGGUUCGUCAUGGAGACCGGGCGGCAGGCGAAGGGGGCGACGGGUGAACUGACACAGCUCAUCAACGCCAUGCUGACUGCCAUCAAAGCCAUCUCCUCUGCUGUGAGGAAGGCAGGUCUGGCCCACCUGCAGGGCAUGGCCGGCUCUGUCAACGUGACGGGGGACGAUGUGAAGAAGCUGGACGUGCUGUCUAAUGACCUGGUGAUCAACAUGCUGCGGGCCUCCUAUGGCACCUGCUGCAUGGUGUCUGAGGAGAACAAGGAGCUCAUCAUCACUCCCAAGGAUAAGAGGGGGAAGUAUGUGGUCUGUUUUGACCCUCUGGACGGCUCCAGUAACAUCGACUGCUUGGCUUCUAUUGGCACCAUAUUCGCCAUCUACAAACGGCUAUCAGAUGAGGAGCCCUCAGAGAAAGACGCCCUGCAGCCGGGUAAUAACAUCGUAUGUGCCGGCUACGCCCUCUACGGCAGCGCCACCCUCGUGGCCCUCAGCACCGGCGCCGGCCUCAACUUCUUCAUGCUGGACCCAGCCAUUGGCGAGUUCAUCCUGACUGAGAGGAACGUGAAGAUCAAGCAAAAAGGGAAGAUCUACAGUCUUAAUGAGGGCUACGCUAAAUACUUCCACCCCUCCAUCAAUGAAUACCUCAAACACAAGAAGUACCCUGAGGAUGGUAGUUCUCCCUACGGAGCUCGAUACGUCGGCUCUAUGGUCUCAGACGUUCAUCGAACCAUCGCUUAUGGAGGAAUCUUCAUGUAUCCGGCCAAUGAGAAGAGCCCCAAGGGAAAGCUGCGGCUGCUGUACGAGUGCAACCCCAUCGCCUUCCUCAUCGAGCAGGCUGGCGGCCUCGCCACCACCGGCACCCAGAGGAUCCUGGACGUCCAGCCGGAGGCGCUGCACCAGCGGGUUCCCUUCGUGGUCGGAUCCCCCGAUGACGUCAAGGAGUUCCUGUCCUUCGUCAAGAAGUUCUCCUGAAGCUGCAGCGGCCUCGUUUCACUUCAAGGACACCAAGAUUCAUACACUUUACUGUUCUGAUCGCAAGAAACUGUUGUUUACGUCAAGAGUUACUCCAGCUUGUUAUGUUAAAUCACAACCUUGAACAAACUGCAACAUUUAUAAAUCAUUAAAUAUCAUCUUUCAAAACAAA